CUGGUUUUUGGCUUCUCGACUGGCUCCUGUUUCGACAGCGAACAUGUCUCGGCCUGUCAGAAAUAGGAAGGUCGUUGAUUAUUCUCAGUUUCAAGAAUCUGAUGAUGCUGAUGAAGAUUAUGGAAGAGAUUCAGGUCCUCCAGCUAAGAAAAUCCGAUCAUCUCCCCGAGAAGCUAAAAAUAAGAGACGAUCUGGAAAAAAUUCACAGGAAGAUAGUGAGGACUCAGAAGAAAAAGAUGUAAAGACCAAGAAGGAGGACUCUCAUUCAGCAGAGGAUAGUGAAGAUGAAAAAGAAGAUCAUAAAAAUGUACGCCAGCAACGGCAGGCAGCCUCUAAAGCGGCUUCUAAGCAGAGAGAGAUGCUCAUGGAAGAUGUGGGCAGUGAGGAAGAACAAGAAGAGGAAGACGAGGCACCAUUCCAAGAAAAAGAUUCCGGCAGCGAUGAAGAUUUCCUAAUGGAAGAUGAUGAUGACAGUGACUAUGGCAGUUCAAAAAAGAAAAACAAAAAGAUGGUUAAGAAGUCCAAACCUGAGAGAAAAGAGAAGAAAAUGCCCAAACCUAGACUAAAGGCAACAGUGACACCAAGUCCAGUGAAAGGCAAAGGGAAAGUGGGUCGUCCCACAGCUUCAAAGGCAUCAAAGGAAAAGACUCCUUCCCCCAAAGAAGAUGACGAGGAACCAGAAAGCCCUCCAGAAAAGAAAACGUCUGCCAGCCCUCCACCAGAAAAAUCUGGAGAUGAAGGGUCUGAAGAUGAAGCCCAGUCUGGGGAUGAUUAAAAGUGAUGGUGGUUUGGGGAGAGAUUUUAUUAAAAAAAAAGAAAGAAAGAAAAAGAUAAAAACAGAACCUACUUAAGAUAGAACAUGGUUUUGGCUAUGGCUUGACUCAUGGGCUUUGAAUGCUUUUUUUCCAUUUGUUGAAAAUAACAUUUUCUCCUCCUCUUCUUUUUUUUUUUUAAAGAAAACCAUUGUAUGUUUGAGUUACCUUUUUGUAUGUUGGUCUUCUCUUUUCCGCCACCUCCCCAUCCCCAACGAAAGCCAUGUCAAAUUAA